UCCAAGGUCCAAAUUCUUCUGCCGUUCUGCAGCGAAAAUGGAGCCCUCCCGCACUAGAACGCGACUUCUCCUCGUCCUUCUUCUGGUGAUGAUGCAACCUCGUCUCUCUCGUGCCUAUGUCGGCACCGCAGCUUCCUACAGCCCUCCUUACACACCGACCGCAUGCUAUGGCAAUGAUCCAGGACAGUUCCCAUCGAGCAACCUCUUUGCGGCGGCCGGUGAAGGGAUCUGGGACAACGGAGCGUCGUGCGGGAGGCAAUACCUGGUAAACUGCACUAGUGCCUUGGGCUCCGGCUUCUGCAUCCCCAACCAGACUAUCCAAGUUCAAAUCGUCGAUCGAGUGCUGUUUUUGUCCUCGCGUCCCUCAUGUGACGACACGACCAUCGUCCUCUCGAUGACGGCGUUCGACACGAUCGCCAAGUUUGCCUCAGCCGUCAACAUCAUGUAUCAACAGGUUUGAGGGGGACGCACAAGAUGCACAUUUGAGCUGGUCAACGAGUUCGCCCCUCUGCCGAUCCGAGAGCUUAUUCGGCGGCGCGAUAUUAGACAUAUUUUCGUUAUCUUCUAAGAUAGCUAGUCUUCUUGUUAUAGAAUAAAACAUUGAAUUUUCUUAUUAAA